CGAUUUCUGUUCUCAAGCAGACACCAGCGCGUGCUCGUCAACUUGGCCGCUUAGGAUUGCGGCCCCCACCUUUGUUCUAGAUCAUUCCCGUUCAGCUCACACCAAAACUAUCGGGACCCAUCACCAUGUCCAGACAUAGGAGUCCUGUCAACGACACGCGCGUUGAUAGUGCAAUCUCUCUCCUGAUUCCCCACGAAGAAAGCCGACCGUAUCUUUCCACCGUUCGCAAGCCGCACAUUUACAAAGAGAGCCGGUCACAUGCCAUCCGGCACGUGAUGCCAAAGCCAUCACCCACCACUCAGGCCGAGAAAUACAUCCCGCCGCACCGCCGCACCUCGCGUGUGUACGAUGAGCUCGACUCAUUCACAUGCCGCCGUACAGACGUCUCGAUGACCCUCCCAUCUCUUGCUCGCUCGAAACAUCCAUCCUCGGUUUCUCCCUCAAACUAUACAGCGUCUGAUCUAUCUACAUUCACUCGACGCACUUCAGCUACUUCGUCAAGCUCUACUGCGUCAACUAAAUCCGCAAUCACUAACAGCAACACCUUGUGGUGCACCGAUUGCAAUGUAGAGUUCACGGGGCCAUAUAGGCGCGGGAACCUUAGACGGCACAUGCAAUACAAACAUGCAGGAGCGGCAUGGGCCCGGUUCAGGUGUCAGGCCGACGGAUGCUCCAGCGACUUUGCCCGUCCAGAUGCUCGACUCAAACACCAACGUCAGCAACAUCCCGAGUUAAGCUUUGAGUCUGUGGAAAGAGAAGCAUCCCGCCCACCUGCAACUUACAUGAGCAAAGCAAAAGAGCCUUCAGUAGUGAUGCCCCCACCCCCCUUUGCCCUCGAUAUCGAUGACGUACCUCGGUCUGCUCUGAUCGUCCUCUGCCGUGUGCGUGCAAGGCUUGACGAUGCCAACUACGCCCGGUUUCGCGACAUGUACAUGACACUAUUGGAAAGGCUGGUGCAACACCUACGAGACACAGACUCUGACACAUACGAUGCAUAUGUGAAAGUUCUCGAACACAUCAACGUUGUUGUGGAUGCCAUCGAUUCCGGUUCAAUUGAUGUUGACAACUACGCUCAUCAAAACGUGGCAGAUGCUGAACCAUACAGCUACUCCUCUCGACCUGCACAAGCGGCUAGCUCUUCCAAGAAUGGAGGAUCUACGGUAGAUCUUUGGUCUAACGACAAGCUACAACCAAGUUCCAACUACAAAUCUCCAGGGCGUAAACCAACGUCUCGUGGGCAGCAAAACAGUUUCAAGGUUGUCAAAAGUGACCGGGAUAAGAGACCGCGAACCAGAGCAGUUGAUUGUCCAGACCACAAGUACUACAUGAUGUCGUCUGACCCCCAGACGCCUCCUUGUAGAGGCUGUAGAGUGCUUGACAUGUCUCAACUUCGCAAUCAUCUCAAGCGCACAUCUCAUCAGGGCCGUUUGGGCGCCCAGCAAUGCUCUAACUGCAAGAGGGAAUUUGACAGCUACGAAACUUUCGACGCACAUAAAGCGGCAAGGAAUUGCCGACACGAAGCCCAGUGUAGAGGAGAUAUUGUAAUACCAUGGGCGCGACUCUUUUUGUCACGGCAUCCGACAGCUGACAGAAUACCUAGCCCUUUCUGCGACGAGAGAAGAUGGUUGGAGCCAUUUGUCUUGGAACAAUGCCGAGCCUGGCUCCAAAACAACAACUCGGAUCAUUUUUUAGACGAUCAACCAUACAACAUGCCAGGACCGCCUAACGACGCAUCACAUCUCGACCCUCCCAUUUCGGCUGAAUCGCUCAAUCGAGCCUUACAAUAUACGCUAUGGCUGGCCAUGGGUUUUGAAUCAUGGUUUCCCGACGCCCCCAAUAAUGCUCAUGCCGCCAAUGCCUCCACGGGCUUCAUCAAUGGUGCGGGAUCUAGCGGACAGAUGCUGCCGUACCCUAGUCCAGAUGAUAUCCUGGGCACAUAUUACUACAACAAUGCGCAUGUCUAUGGGACUCCUGUAGAAGAAGAACCACUCUUGCCGAUGGGGCAGCUAAGACCUCUGGCUGAUGGGGCCGAAGCAGCAGUGCAUGCGGCUGAAAACUACACUCAGUACCAGCCACCACAGCACAUGGUUGAUGGAUCAGAGCCCUACACCGACCCAACAUUCAUACCUACCCAAGCCCCUUACGAUCCUAGUCAAAAUGUGCCACAGUAUUGGCCUGGAUUCGAUCAGUCGAUACCAAAUGAGAGUCCUCAAACUCCCCUCAUCGACUACCAUCAUGCGCCAUCGACAAGUACGCCAUCAUACCACCCAGACCAGUAUGCUGGCUCGUCGCAGUACGACACAUCGCAGCAGACGGAUCCCUCGUCGAUAUCCGGAUCUAUGGAACAAACAUAUUUCAGUCCCUCGGCUUCUCCUCACUACUCACGCGCACUUGAUAGCUUUCAUGCCUUCGACUGUCUUGUUCCGCGCGUGAGACGGCCCGACUAUCUAGCCUUGCCCUCCCCACUACCUGCAGAUUUCCAAGCCAUGGGAGCAUCAAUGGGUUUACAAACUGGACCGAGCAGCUUACAGCAAGCAUUCUCCAAUGAUCAACAGAGCGAUGUAGCGGGAGCUGGCCUGUGGGAUGCGGAAUCACUGUAGAUGGCUUUCUUUCAUUCUAUCUUUGUUGGCUACAUUACCCGGUUAUCUUCGCCAGGUCUUCUUUUUCGCAUUCAGGGAGUUUGAUUGCUUGGACAGCAUGUUUGAAAAAAAAAAGAUGGUUUCGAUCAUGACCCAAAUUUUGUACAAAACUCGCAUUAACGAAAGACCCAAACGCACUUUGAUAUCCACUUUAUUUCUCGCACAAACCGUGCGAGAUGGGAUUUCUUGAAUAGAUAAGAAAAGACAGCUCCCAAUAAUACACUGGCUGAGCUUUAC